AUGACUGCCAGUGGCUUGAUUCCAACUGUACAUUUCCGAUUCGGAACUGGAAGAAACAAAGAAGCAAAUCUUUGGAGUUUCUCCUUUUCUGGAAACAAAUCUUUCGUGUUUGGCUAUUGCUUCAUUUUCUGUUUGGGCUUGAACUGUUCUACCAUUUCGUCACCCUUCCAUCAACACGCAGAUCCUGUCCUGCCAUGCUUGUACCAGCAUCAAUCACCAAAGAAGACACAACCAACCCGUAUAUCAUCAGGUGUUGCUACUGUCCAGUUCAUGAUGCCGUCUUGCCAGCUCUCAAGGAGGUUGGAAAACUACUGUUGUUUCAGCCCGUCAGGCGUCUUCAGUCUCGGAAGAGGCAAAAAAACAAAAACCAGAAAGUCUUUCUGA